UCUGAUUCUACGUCCAUUCUCACGGGUAACAUGGAAGUGUGUUAAAGUUCCCUCCAUCCAAGAAGAGGCAUGUUGAUCACAAAGAUUGAAGCCAAGGAGGCCUGCGAUUGGCUGCAAGCGGCCGGCUUCCCUCAGUAUGUGCAGCUAUUCAAAGACUGCAGGGUUCCCAUUGACAUUGAGUGGGUGAAGCGUGAUCACCACUUUCUGGAUAAGGAUGCCCUCGAUUCACUCUGCAGGAGAUUAAGCACUUUAAACAAAAGUGUGGAUAUGAGGCUGGAGCCACGGAGAUCAAAACGAAGGGGACACGACUUUGACGAAGAAGACUUCUGUGCCAUCAGCCCCAACUGGACCUACGACAGGCGGACCCGACGAUGGCAACGCCUUGAGUCCACGGUGGACAUACUGUGCUCGUCUGAGAGCGCCAGCGGAUGCCAGAAUGCGUCACUGUGUGACUCCAGCGACAGCCAUGAUGUCUGCUCCAUCCACAGCUCCAGCAGCACUGAGAGCGAGGGCCAAAACGGACGCCACAAGAGCCACAGAGACACUGCUACCAUACCAACCCCCUCCAUCAGCACUACCGCCAGCACCACAGACGACCAGGAGACCAGCAGGAGCUCCUCCCGCUGCUCCUCCACCAACAAGAUGCAUUUUGUGGACCCCUCGUUUUAUGGACCCACCUCCCCUGGUGGAUCUGGUGGAGGAUCAUGCACCACGACUCUGGAUGCCCAAGGCUGCUUCCCAGAUAAACCGCCCAGGAAGAAGGGGACCAGUCUGCUGAGAAAGAUGGAGAAACUGAGGCUGAGGGGAACGGCCGGCCUCCGCCCUUCUGCUCACAGUGGUGGUUGUAACAGCGAGAGACGGGCCUGGCACCUUAUCAGCGGUCCGGUUCAGGUCCAGGAGGAGGAGAGGAUGGAGAGGCUGCAAGGCCCAUCGAGCCUGCAGGGUCAACCCAACAGCUGUACGUCUUCCUCGCCCUCGUCUCCUCAAACCAUCAGCAGCAGUAGCAGCAACAGCCACUCUGAGAGCAGCAGCACCGUCAGCACGCCCAGCCCGGUCACCCGGGUCAGGAGUAACUGCAAACGCUCCAACAGCGGUGUGGGGGUCGUUGGUGGAACAACCUGGAUCAACCAGAACCACACCGGAACAGAGGACUUCAGGAACCAGAUCAACAACAACAACAACAGCAGUCCUGAGAGUCUGGUCUUCCAGAUCCCCAACGGACACAAACCUGGGACCUUCCCCACCUCGCUCGCACACAAACAAACCAUCCUCUCCCCCAUCAUCGACAACACCUCCGUCAACUGGAGGACCGGGAGUUUCCACGGCUACCGGGGGCGACAUAGUGGCCACCGUGGCACCUCAUCACUGGCCGCUGGUGACCAGGUACCAGGAGUCCCUAGUCCGCUCGCUGUGCUGGAUCAUCGGCUGAGUACCUACGACAACGUGCCUGACGACCAGCAUCUGUCUGGAAGUGAAGGUUGCAGUGGCGGAAGUGGCAGCGAUGCAGAAAGGAUGGGUGAGGAAUCAGAGGUGAGUCGAUUGAUGGCAGGUGAAGAUGUUUUCUCUGCUCUGGACAGCGUUUUGGAGAGGAUCGGCAACCUCCAACAACUCGUCUCCAAGUGGUCCGAUAAUCUGUCCGAGGACGACUCUCAGAGAGGUUCCUCCUCCUCUUCUUCCUCCUUGUCCUCGUCUUCCUCCCGGGACUCACCUGGUCACGGCUCAUCAGCAGCCUCUCCGUGCCCGUCUUCCCCCAGCCACAUCCACCUGGAGACGCAGCAUCCGGAGGAGACGGAGGAGGAGAAGGUAAAGAGCAAUGAGGAGGUACCAAUGAAUGGAGAGGAGCCAAAGACCGGAUCACCACAACCCAGAUCCAGCAGAGUGAGCCGGCAGCUGCACUGGUCCAGCGAGCAGAGCCUGCCCUCCCUGCCCACCAGUCCAGGAGUGGAGAGCCAGUCCGUGUCCCAGUUCCUCCUGCUGCAGAAACUCUCCCUGCUCAAACUCACCGCUCUGAUGGACAAAUACUCCCCGUCCAGUAAGCAGGGCUGGAACUGGACGGUUCCUAAACCGCCGAGGAAGACUAAGGCGAUGGAUGUGAAAGGACGGCAGGUUUUUGGGGUUCCUCUGCUCCUCAGCGUCCAGCAGACAGGAGAGACACUUCCUCCCAGCAUCCUCAGAGCACUGGUCUACCUGAGGACCGAGUGUUUGGACCAGGUUGGUCUUUUCCGUAAGUCAGGGGUGAAGUCUCGUAUCCAGUACCUCCGUGAGCUGGUGGAGUCUGACCCAGAUGGCGUUUCAUACGACGGUCAGUCGGCCUUCGACGUGGCCGACAUGGUGAAGCAAUACUUCAGAGACCUGCCGGAACCCAUCUUCACCAGCAAACUCUGCGAGUCCUUCCUCCACAUUUACCAAUAUUUUCCAAAGGAUCAGCAGCUGAUUGCAGCUCAGGCGGCCAUCUUGCUGCUUCCUGACGAGAACAGGAUGGCGCUGCGGACGCUGCUGUUCUUCCUGCGGGACGUGGUGGACUGCGUGGACGAGAACCAAAUGACUCCGACCAACAUUGCAGUUUGCCUGGCGCCGUCGCUUUUCCACCUCAACACCCUGAAGAGAGACGCCAACACACCCAGGUCGAGUCAUAGGAAGUACAGCCUGGGGCGCCCCGAUCAGAGGGACCUGAGUGAGAACCUGGCUGCCACCCAGGGCCUGGCCAACAUGAUCACCGAGGCACAGAGACUCUUCCAGCUUCCAGAGUUUUGGCCCAGUCAGCGUUCAUGUACUGCAAGCUCCACUGAGGACUCCCUGUCUGAAGGAGGAGGAGGCCCAGUGUCCCCCAGUCAGAGUGGGUGGGAGGAGGAGCAGGAGGAGAGAAGGUGCAAGCUGCAGCUGAGCACCCAGCACCUCCUGAAGGAGGCCAGGGAGAAGAGCAGAGGCUGGGAGAGCCAUCAAGCUCCAGAACAUGUGGAACUGGCCUUCAAGAAGAUGGAUGACGGCUGCCUGCUGUGGAUGUGGCGCGGCUCCGUGGAGGUGGAAGUCCCCGAGAAGGAGCUGCUCCAUCGGCUGCUUAGGGAGCAGGAGCUGUGGGAGGGAAGUCUGUGCCAGGCAACCAUCAUCCAGACCUUGUCCAAGGAUUCUGAAGUCUACCGCUACCUCCUCGAGGGCCAGGGCCACGGCCUGAGCUCCCGGCUCUCACAGGAGCAUCUGCUGCUCAGGACCUGGCAGGCGGACCCAUCCUCCGGCCCUCUGUACAUCUCCUCUGUAUCUACGGAGCACCCUGAGGGGUUGUCGGAGGGGGUUAGGGCCCAGGUCCACUCCUGCCUCUACCUGCUGGAGCCCACCGGAGCCAGGAAGACCCGACUGACGCACCUCUGUCGCACAGAUACCAGGGGCAGGUCGCAAGAGUGGCACAGCAAAGUCAGCGGACAUCUCCUGGCCUCCGGUCUCCUGGCGAUCAGGGACUCCUUCAGAGCAGACCUCAAAGAGACCAAGAUAUGAGUCAAUGCAGAUGUAGAAGCUGAGGAUGACUGACAGAUGUUACUCACCCAUAACUUGUAGUCUGGUUGAACUGCAUCCCUUCCUCGUGGCAGAAUGCUGGAAAACAAGGAGACAACCAGCAUAGUUUUCACAAGACUUUCUCUAAGUUUUGAAAGUAAAACUUGUGGCCAUGAGCACAGCAAGCAGAGAAGGUGACCUAUGAGGACUCUCCUGAAACAUUUGAACCACGGUCUCUUAUGUAACUUCCUUCAGAGUUGCUGUAUGUGUUUCCUUUUUUUUUGGUCAGUGACCUUGCGGUUUGCCAGCAGCACCCCUACACUCCCUGCUGCGUCUGUUACGCUUCACACUCAAGUUCACAAAAAAUGCGAACCCUGGCGAGCUUUGACAGAGGACAUUUUGAUGGGAAUAUGAAAAGCAGAGACCUGAUUUGACUUCUAAAGGGCGAGAAGGUGCAAGUGUGGUUUUAACUAGCUAAAUUUUUUGGGCCUAAAACAUGUUAUCCAGAAAAAUAGAAUCACAAAUUGAGUUAUUGUUCCACAUCUUAUUCUUUCCUGAAGACAGAGAAAGAGGCAGGGGAAACACACGGCAGCUGUCUGGAUGAACAAAGGAAAUAAGGACAGACAACAUCAGGAAACAGACUUCUAGCCACCAGACAUUUGGCUUCAGUUGAAAGGAAAGAAGGGAAGAGGAGAGAGUGGAUGACGAGAAGGCGGGAGGAAGACAGCAUCUGUACUAAACCUACGAUUAGGAACAAAGCAAUGUCAAGGAGAGAAACUAAACACAGAAAGCCCUGAAAAACGGUGAGGUCACUCAACUACGGGGGGUUGUCUCGAGUCUGAUGCCAGGCCGACAGUUUCUUGGCGAAAAAAAAAAGCUCACAAACAAAAAAACACCAAUCAUCCAUGUACCAACGCCAGAUGAACUGAAGUGUUGAGGUGAAAUCAAAUCCCACAAAGACAAUUUCUUUUCAAACGCAGCCCAGAGCAGCUGGUUCCAGCUGUGACAAGGUUUUAGCACAUCGCUUAAAAACUGCCACCCACGUCCCCUUUGUCCCAUUUGAGUGACUGUUUUUAACUUUUAAAAUCCACACCUGUGAAUUUCGACCCAUUCAAUAAAAGGACAAACUUUGUGUGACAGUUCAAAGACGAGCGAUAUAUAUCUACCUCUCCACAGGACGACGCCACAGUUGCGUGACACGACAAUGUUGUGAUUCGACGAAGGCCUCGCCACGCGCCAGGGGGCGAGCAUUUUGUGUGUUUUCAUCCCGGCACUGUGACGGAUAUCCAACCAGACAACUUUCCCCUCCAUACUUCCUGAAUAUUUCAACAUCUGUAUUUAUUCUUAGUCAAGAGCGUGACGUCCACAUGUCUCUGUGCUUGUACAGUCUCAUUUCAUGUGGCACUUGAGCGUUACUUCACUUUCUAAGUUGGCUUGUCCUAUAUAUUUCAAAGUGUCAUAGUUAUAAAUUAGGGCAUGUGUGUGCGUGUAAAAGUAACAUGCAUUCAAACGCCAUAUUUCUGAUUAUUUAACUUAAUGUAUAUUCUCAAAACAGAUCCUACUUCUACAUACAAAUCUCUUAUUUAAUUGCGAGAAAUAUUCUCUUGUUUGUGUGCGUGUGGAAUCAAGAUUUAUCAGUGCCAAACACCUAAUUAAAAUGUU